AUGUCAAGCGGAAAACGGCGUAAUCCGCUUGGACUCAGUCUUCCUCCGACCGUCAAUGAACAAAGCGAAUCUGGCGAAGCGGCGGCGGUGAGUAAACCCCUUUUUCUAAUUGUUUCACUGUUAAACACAAAGUGUUCUUCAUCAUCAAAGUCAUUUCAGGAGGAGACCCAGGCUACCGUUCCUCUAGAGGAGCAGCUUAAAAAGCUCGGGCUCACAGAGCCACAAACGCAACGUCUCAGCGAGUUUUUGCAAGUCAAAGAGGGAAUCAAAGUAAGUACAAGAAAAAAAAAUACAUUUUGUUGCAUAAUUUGUAGGAAUUGAGUGAGGAUAUGCUGCAUACGGAAGGAGAACUCGGACAUGGAAAUGGAGGAGUCGUUAAUAAGGUAAACGACACGAAUUGGUUGUGGAAGGACGCGGACAUGUUUUCAGUGCGUCCACAAGAAAACUGGAGUGAUAAUGGCUCGGAAGCUAGUGCAUUUGGAGAUCAAACCUUCGGUCCGGCAACAGAUUGUCAAAGAAUUGGCAGUUUUGCACAAGUGCAAUAGCCCGUUCAUCGUUGGAUUCUACGGCGCUUUUGUCGAUAA